AUGGUCGGUGGUUGGUGGUGGUUGCAAGCUGCGAUGGUUGGUGGUUGGCGCAGGGUGGUGGUGGGUUGUGGCGAUGGUCUGCAGUUGGUAGUGGUCGGCGAGGUGCGGCAGCUGGCGAAGGUAGGCGACGGGAGAUGGUUAGUGGUUAGCGGUGGUCACGGGCAAUUAUGGGUGGCGGGCGGUGGAAGUCGGUGGUGGGCGGCCGCUAGCAAUGGUUGGGGAUGGUUGCGGGCGGCGAUGGGUGGUGGCCGGUGGAGGUCGGUGGUAGGCGGCGGUUGGCAAAGGGUGGUGGUGGCCUUUGACGGUGGUCGGCGGUGGCUGGCGGGGGGCGGCAACCGAUGGAGGUCUGCGUUGGGCGGCGGCGAGCAAUAG